CCACUGUGGUCAUCGGGGCGCCGGCCACUGUGGUCACCUGGGCGCCGGCCACUGUGGUCACCUGGGCGCCGUGGUCACCUGGGCGCCGGCCACUGUGGUCACCUGGGCGCCGGCCACUGUGGUCACCUGGGCGCCGGCCACUGUGGUCACCUGGGCGCCGGCCACUGUGGUCACCUGGGCGCCGGCCACUGUGGUCACCUGGGCGCCGGCCACUGUGGUCACCUGGGCGCCGGCCACUGUGGUCACCUGGCGCCGGCCACUGUGGUCACCUGGGCGUCCGGCCACUGUGGUCACCUGGGCGCCGCCGGCCACUGUGGUCACCUGGGCGCCGGCCACUGUGGUCACCUGGGCGCCGGCCACUGUGGUCACCUGGGCGCCGGCCACUGUGGUCACCUGGCGCCGCCACUGUGGUCGGCCACUGUGGUCACCUGGGCGCCGGCCACUGUGGUCACCUGGGCGCCGGCCACUGUGGUCACCUGGGCGCCGGCCACUGUGGUCACCUGGGCGCCGGCCACUGUGGUCACCUGGGCGCGCGGCCACUGUGGUCACCUGGGCGCCGGCCACUGUGGUCACCUGGGCGCCGGCCACUGUGGUCACCUGGGCGCCGGCCACUGUGGUCACCUGGGCGCCGGCCACUGUGGUCACCUGGGCGCCGGCCACUGUGGUCACCUGGGCGCCGGCCACUGUGGUCACCUGGGCGCCGGCCACUGUGGUCACCUGGGCGCCGGCCACUGUGGUCCCCUGGGCGCCGGCCACUGUGGUCACCUGGGCGCCGGCCACUGUGGUCACCUGGGCGCCGGCCACUGUGGUCACCUGGGCGCCGGCCACUGUGGUCACCUGGGCGCCGGCCACUGUGGUCACCUGGGCGCCGGCCACUGUGGUCACCUGGGCGCCGGCCACUGUGGUCACCUGGGCGCCGGCCACUGUGGUCACCUGGGCGCCGGCCACUGUGGCCACCUGGGCGCCGGGCCACUGUGGUCACCUGGGCGCGGCCACUGUCCACUGGUCACCUUGGAGCCGGCCACUGUGGUCACCUGGGCGCCGGCCACUGUGGCCACCUGGGCGCCGGCCACUGUGGCCACCUGGGCGCCGGCCACCGUGGCCACCUGGGCGCCGGCCACCGUGGCCACCUGGGCGCCGGCCACUGUGGGCCACCUGGGCGCCGGCCACUGUGGGCCACCUGGGCGCCGGCCACUCAAGAGUGGGCGGUGUGGCCCCCGGACGCCCACAAGAGUGGGCGGUGUGGCCCCCGGACGCCCACAAGAGUGGGCGGGUGUGGCCCCCGGACGCCCACAAGAGUGGGCGGUGUGGCCCCCGGACGCCCACAAGAGUGGGCGGUGUGGCCCCCGGACGCCCACAAGAGUGGGCGGUGUGGCCCCCGGACGCCCACAAGAGUGGGCGGUGUGGCCCCCGGACGCCCACAAGAGUGGGCGGUGUGGCCCCCGGACGCCCACAAGAGUGGGCGGUGUGGCCCCCGGACGCCCACAAGAGUGGGCGGUGUGGCCCCCGGACGCCCACAAGAGUGGGCGGUGUGGCCCCGGACGCCCACAAGAGUGGGCGGUGUGGCCCCCGGACGCCCACAAGAGUGGGCGGUGUGGCCCCCGGACGCCCACAAGAGUGGGCGGUGUGGCCCCCGGACGCCCACAAGAGUGGGCGGUGUGGCCCCCGGACGCCCACAAGAGUGGGCGGUGUGGCCCCCGGACGCCCACAAGAGUGGGCGGUGUGGCCCCGGACGCCCACAAGAGUGGGCGGUGUGGCCCCCGGACGCCCACAAGAGUGGGCGGUGUGGCCCCCGGACGCCCACAAGAGUGGGUGGUGUGGCCCCGGACGCCCACAACAGACCAAGCACUUGACGAGUGCAACUGUUAG